CAGAAUUCAGGGCUUUUUUCCACCGUUGUUCUGCCUUGCUCUGUUAGUAUCAGAAACAUGGCGGAAAGCGAAUUGAACAUUGACAGUCUCAUAUCUCGACUACUGGAAGUGCGAGGAUGUCGUCCAGGGAAGGUUGUACAGAUGACAGAGGCUGAGGUGAGGGGGCUCUGCAUCAAGUCCAGAGAGAUUUUCCUCAGUCAGCCAAUACUGCUAGAACUGGAGGCUCCACUCAAAAUCUGCGGUGAUAUCCAUGGACAGUACACAGACUUGCUGAGGCUAUUUGAGUAUGGCGGUUUCCCACCUGAGGCCAACUAUCUGUUCUUGGGAGAUUACGUGGACAGGGGGAAGCAGUCGCUGGAGACCAUCUGCCUUCUGCUCGCCUACAAGAUCAAAUAUCCAGAAAACUUUUUCUUGCUGAGGGGGAACCACGAGUGUGCCUCCAUCAAUCGCAUCUACGGCUUCUAUGAUGAGUGCAAGCGCAGGUUCAACAUAAAGCUCUGGAAGACCUUCACAGACUGUUUUAACUGUCUGCCCAUUGCUGCGAUUAUUGAUGAAAAGAUUUUCUGCUGCCAUGGAGGGCUCUCACCUGAUCUACAGUCCAUGGAACAAAUUCGGCGCAUUAUGAGACCCACUGAUGUCCCAGACACAGGGUUGCUGUGCGACCUGCUGUGGUCAGAUCCAGACAAAGACGUCCAGGGCUGGGGGGAGAACGAUCGGGGAGUUUCCUUCACCUUUGGGGCCGAUGUGGUCAGCAAGUUUCUCAACCGUCACGACCUGGACCUUAUCUGCCGAGCACAUCAAGUUGUUGAAGACGGUUAUGAGUUCUUUGCCAAGCGACAGCUGGUAACGCUGUUCUCUGCCCCCAACUACUGCGGGGAGUUUGACAAUGCAGGUGGCAUGAUGAGUGUUGACGAGUCCCUUAUGUGCUCCUUUCAGAUCCUGAAGCCGUCAGAAAAAAAAGCAAAAUACCAGUACGGCGGGGUGAAUACAGGACGCCCUGUCACCCCGCCUCGCACCGCGCAGGCACCAAAAAAGAGGUGAGCGGCUGGCUCUGACUCUCCUGCUCUUCCCCCGGUCGAUCACUGGCCCACGUCCCUACUGGCUGCCUCAAACACUCCAGCCUUCUCUCGGUCAGCUUGUUCGUGUGAAAAAAGAAAAACUCCAGGAGUGUCUUUUGCUUGUUCUGUGGGUAUUUUUAUGAACUUGUGUUUUUCGAUUUCUUAUUUGAUGCCAUGGUCUGCAUUAACUUCCUGCUACUCACUCCAUUCAGCAAUAUUUAAACCAAACUCUUGUGGAAUGGGCAAGAUGUUAAGAAAAGAUGCUUCUCUUCCUUCACAUUAACAAUUUCCAUAGUGAUUUUGUGAAUGCAUGCACGCUUGUGAGAUUGAGAUGGGUUCUUUGCUCUAGUCAAUGUAAAAUUCACAAAUUCUCACAGACAACAGGGCUAAUUGUUUCUCGUCCUACUGCCAUUGUACACUUCUAUGCUGGAUGAAGUGCUACAGUGCUUCAUGGAAUAGUUUUACAUUUUGGGAAAUAUGCUUAUAUGCUUUCUUAUAAAGAGUUGUAUAAGGAAGUCUCCACCACUCUCCUUUCUGUCAAAUAGGAAACUAACAUUAGCAGCUGGCUAACUUAGCACAAAGACUGGAAACGGGGAAACGGUUAUUCUGGCUCCGUUAACUGCAACAACAUCCACCUACCAGCAACACAGUGUUUGUUUAAUCCAUUUCUUUUGUAUGGAGUAAACAAACUUGAAGAAGAAACGUGAAGCAUUAAUCUUAUCUACAUUAACUCUCGGCAAGAAGGCAAUUGAACAUAUUUUCCUUUACGUAUUGCAAGUUAGAGAUUGCUAUGACUUUCCCUUCGACUUAAGAAUGUUUUAUCCUCAAAGAGAUAUUGAUAAUAUUUUGAUGAUGCAAGAAAAAUAUUGCAAACAUCUUGCAAUCUUUACUAGGACAUUCAUAUUCAGUAGAUGCUCUAAAUUAGAUCAGAUUUUGAUUACUGAUGUAAACUGGUUUUAUGUGUGAACCAAACAUCAGUAAAUUGAUUACAUAAGGUGUGUAGAAUAGUAGAGACGGAUGAAAACUAUGGCAGAACGUGUGGUAAAGUACAGGAUUUAAAAGGUGACAUUCAUGUUCACCUCUCAUACACUGAACAUUGUUACGCUUCCAGUUAGGCCUGUGACGAUAACUACUAAUGUUGGAUGAUGUAUUAUCCCAGAAAUAAUUGUGAUUUCUUAUUAUAAUCAUAUUAAUGUAUUGAUAUUUUAAGAUACUUUGCCAUUUAUAUAAGGAUAAUUUAAUAGCGUAAUGCGUGUAUAACCAUUCGAAGAGCAAUGUGCAAGUCUUGUAAUUGGGAAAACCUGUUUAUUCCGGCAUGUUGGCUAAAAUGUUGAUCACAUUCUUAUGUAAACAAGCAUGCAUGUAAACAAUGGAGUAUUGAGGUCAGCAAAAAUAAAUGAUGUCAUGUCAAUUUAUCAUAGAAGUUCACCAUGUAAAACUUAUUGAGGUUAUGUCCAUAUAUUGUAUAAUUAUCGUAACAGGCCUACGUCAUUGCAUGCCAUUGUAAAGGGUUCAAAAUCAUCAAGGCAAGACGAUGUUUUUUUGAUUAUUGUUGGCUAGUUAUAUUGGUAAUAUUUCCAACUCCUUAAUGAACACUGAACCAACGUAUCUUUUUAUUUAUUUAAAUCUUGCCUUUUGCUUUGUAAAUGUAUUGGUCUUCAAGUUAGAAACAGUAUGUUCAGAUGUUUUGAGAUUUGUACGAGUUUGUUUGAAAUGAGUGAAAUAAAAGGUGUUAAGCCUG